AUGGGUAGGCCUGGUUGGCAGAUGGACGGAUGGACGGCUGCUAUUAGGCAGUGCUCACGUAUCAUACAAUAUGUUACGCACUUGGAGCCGAACCAAGGACGUGAUAGGGGGAGGCAAAAAGUAAGCUGGUCACGGUGCUGGAAAUGUUUCAUUGUUCCGAACCACCUCCAAGUUUGCACGACUCAUGACUUGACUCGACUUCGAAUCGACUUUUCGUCGGCUUGGCGUUUAUUGCCAUGGUUUCGGCAAUAUUCUACCCGGAUGCCAUUACGAAACCUUGGCCCUGCUAUUACUCAGUCGAGAUGUUUCCAAGACCGAGAAUAA